GGAAGUUGCGCCGAAUAGCUGCGCGUGUUUCCUCUAGCAACAAAAUGAGAAAUAUUCAGUUUUCCUACAUUAUAUUACGAAAGAACAGUAUUUCUGACAUCCACGACUUAAACCAAAAUAAUUGAAAUGUUCCUGCAUAAGACAAAAUGAAGGAUCUAUUUGUGAUAACUAAGGCCAUCGAGUAGACUCAGUGACUCACCAUGCCUGUUGAGCCAGGAAUAUCUUACCCCCGCUACAAGCCAGUGCCAAACAUACAGCCUGAUAGCAAGAACCAGGAGGGAAUGUAUAAUGAAACCAAUUUAGGAUUCAGCCAAAAAGAUGUACAGGGUCGCUAUGAGGCAGUGCUGGGACCUUUGUCUCUCUUUGCACCAUAUCCGCAUGAAGAUGUACAAACUCCAGAGCCAAUGCUUCUCAACAGACCUGUCACACCUAUUGAUGAAGAAAUCAGGGCACCACCUAAAAACUUUUCUAAGCUUGCUCAGUAUGUACGACGUAGAAUCGCAGUCCGCAAUGAUGUCCAACACAUCUCAUCUGAUGAUCAACAAUAUCUGGCUGGCACAAUCAUGGGAGAAGUCAAUGCAAUAUGGGAGGACAUCAGGCUGCAAGUCGAUGACCCUUUCUUGACUCCUGUUGAGAACAGAGAGCUGAACAGAAGGAUUAUUGUUCACAUUGUCACUGUUUGUGAGGAGCUCUUCAAACAUUAUUUGGAGAAGGCAAGAGUGUUGAAUGCCAGGGGGAUAUUCUCUGGUCCUGCGAACAUGAGUCGUUUAAAAGCCCAGUUAGCAUUGGAUGCCAACAAAUUUCUUAACUUUCUUACCAUACGUCGCUACAUCGUCAGUGACAUGAGGGAAGGGCGCCAGACAAAAGAUGAUAAAACAGAUGAUGGAUUUGAGUACCCUAAAAAGGCAGCGUUGCCAGAGCAACCAGCCCCAUUGUUGUCAUAUAGAGGCCUGUUAAACGCCAGUAGGCCAAAGUCCAAGUCUAAAAAGUACAAGUUUAGAACAGCAGAAGAAGAUCUCCAAGAGAUGGAAGAUAACUUGCCUGUGUUGGACACAGGUAAGCUAUUAGGUAUCAUAUCAGACUUGCCUGAUCGCAGGGAGGAAUUGGAAGAAGAGGCGGAGCUAGUCAAUGAGGAGGUCAAUCACAAGAGAAAACUUCGAGACACUGAGCGUUUUGAGCUGAGCUCUCGGGAGAAGAUCAUGUUAAAGCGCUGUGGUUCCCUGCCUCAGAUCCACUAUGGAGAGACCCUUGCUGAGGAGCUUGGUCUUGAUGAGGAUCAGAGAGACAUAAUGAGCCAGAUGGAAUAUGCUGGCCCAUAUGAGGAAGUAGAACAGGAGGAUGAUGACAUAGAUGAAAAUGAGAAGGCCCAGUUAGACUCCAUGGCUUAUGCAGCUCAAGAUCUUGCCAAGUUAACCAUGCGAUAUGAUGAGAAACAUCCGGAAGAAAAACCAGAUGAAGACCUACCUCCCUUAUUACAGGCUCUAAGUAGUACAUCCAAGCAUGACAACAGGAAAGAACACCUGAAAAGGCAAUUAGAUGAACUAGAACGCAAGGAGCAAGAAUACCAAAAGCAACAAAACAUUCAACUAGAGGAGCCUCUUCAGCCCCAGCCUGCCACUGUAGCAGCUAAAAUGCCAAAUAAGAUGAUAGUGCGCACAUCAGAUAUCCGUGUCUCUGAGAGAGUCUGUAUGAGCUCUAUCACAAUAAACCAGUACAAUCCAGUUUAUAAUGACCUUGUAGAUGAGAUUGACCCCCAGACUGUGAAGGCUUUGGACAAGAAUUUGUUUCUUGGAGAUGAAAUUAAGGAAGUUUAUAAAGAGAUUAUGAAAACUGUGCCAACCGACCAUCUUGAUAUAGAAAGAGGUGACAUUGUUGAACCAGUAGCAGACUACGCUGAUUUGUCAAAGUGUCUCGCCUCUGCAACUCUCGGGAAGAAAAAAGUUGAUCGUGUGAUCAAUGAGUCACUGCAAACACGUCAUGAACCACCAUGGCAGGAGAAGGGUGCAAAGGAAUGGGUCAGAACGCCGGGCUCUCCACCUAAAGACAAGAAAGGUGUUGCCUUACUGGACCCCAUGACCCCAGAUGUUGCCAAGAUCAUGGACAUCUCAAAUAAGAUUAAAACACAUGAUCCCAACCUGCCUUCCAUGGCUAUGGACUUUGCCUCAAGAUCCUACGCCUCUUGGCUGAACUGGUGGAAACAUACCAUUACUAGUGAUGAUUAUAUGAAGUACUUAUCAACUCAGGAAUCUGACUACAUCAACACAAUCUUCCACUUCUAUGAUUCAGAAGAGGAAGAUGAUGAGGAAGAGAUGCGGUCGCCAUCACAACAGACUGCAUACACACAGAGGAUAGAGAGAGCCAGAGAGAAAGAAGAGCAGAUUGAGGAAAUGCGUAAGCAGAAAAAAGAAUAUGAGCCAGGCAUGUGGAACGUCAAUUCUGUCUUACUAGGUGGACUAGGGAAAGACCCAGCAGAUGAAGAGGAGGAAGAUGUAGAGAGUCAACAUGAAGGAGGACUUCUCCCUACACGCCCUUCAGAUACCAGAGGAUCACAAAGAUCUGGAACUAUGCUUUCCUUAAAAUCCCAUAACCUGUUGGAUAGACCUGCCAGCCAUAUUAUCAUAAAAAAUCUUGUGCCUAGAGACUUUUCAAGAACUGACAUUGCACCAUCAAGGUUGACCUUGUUAACUCAACACACUGACACCAAAUCUACAAUCACCAAGAAGUCUGAGAAAAUGCUGAGCCCCCAGGACCGUUUAGAGAGAGUUUGGGCGUCCCUACAGAUGCCUGAUGCACAGAAGCUAGACAUGGCAAUAAAAUACAGCUCACAUGAUCACUUUGAAAACCUUGAAAGGAGUAUUGAAGAGUGGGAGAGGGCCACUAGGUUGGUUCUACAGAGAGAGGAACUAAUAGCAAGAUUGGAAAAGUUUGAGAGAGAAGCCUCAGAUCCUAACAGAUUCUUUGAUAAAGGUUACCGUGGUUCCUCAGUUGCCAGGCUAGAUGAGGCUAGACAUAGAAGCAGUUUAUAUAGGAAAAUUGAAGUGAUAACUAAAGACGUGAAGAGGAUAGUGACAUCUAUUGAAGAAGAGUUUGGCGACAAAAUAACAUUUCAGGGGAGACCUUACCUGGAGAAGAUGCAGUGGGACAGAACAGAGAUGCUCUACUGGUUACAAGAGGAGAGAAAACAGCAGAUGCUGGAACACGAGGCAAGGAUAAAACAGCUGCCACUUAGGAUGGCCCAGUUGGAGCCUAUCACACCUACAAUUUCAUAGCACAGACCAACUCAUCGAGCCUCAGUAUAGAGGGGGGGGGGGUGGCUCUAUCGAAGACUUAGUGAAUAGGGAGGUCUAUUGUGCAUGAUCUCUAAGGACUCUCUGGAUUUCUUAUUCCUUUUUCAUUUUGAGGACUUACACCUAAUCUUGAUAGUACAUGCAAUGAGAAAUUAAAACUUUAAAAUAUUAGGUGUACAUCAUAUAUGUUUUUUGGCCUCUUAUACCUUAUUUAUUGAGGACCUUAUAACUUAUCUUGAUAGACCCUCGCCCCUAUGUUAUAGCUCUGUUUUCGUAUUAGUGCCAUUGUGAUUUAAAACCAUGCUGUAACCAUAAACAUCAUAAAAACCUGAUGAAAAUCAUAUUUGCCACAUUCAUCCAUGAAUAAUUGAAAUCAAAGGUGAUAAUGAACAGGUGAAAUAACCAUAAUAUAUCAUUAAACCACAACCAUGACACACCAAGAAAUAGUUAAUGAUACCGAUACAAGGAAGAGAUUAAAACCACAUAAAAGCCACAGCCAAUUAUCAGACCACAUAAACUAAAAAUGUUUACUUGUUCCUGGAACUUUGAAAUGAACGAUUGAGAGAUUUCCAUAAAUGACAUGUUAUUUGCAAGUCUAAAAAUACUUACAGUUUAUUAAUGCCAUGAGUGCUUACCAUAUUUCAUGUAUGCUAAUAUAUAGAGAACAGUGGAAAAGCACGUAAUGUAAAACGUGAGCAAGUUAAGAUGAUCUGUUUUGUGAGCAACUGCUAUUUGUAUAUUUGUGUCAGUUGUAUUUGCAUAUAAUUAUUUAUUACUUCAAAACUGUUUCCGUGUAAAACAAAAUGACAUGGAAAAGCUAGAGUAAAUAUAUCAAGUGUUUAGCACGUCGUCGAUAUCCUGAAUCCCUUUACGUAAAUAUAUAGUCCAUGUUUUAAAGGGCCCAUAUAAAGUUU